AUUGGUGUUCCUAUGGCAUUCAUGUAUCUGCUUGAUCAUCCAGACCAUUAUACCAGUCACAAAUUUAGGCUGUUUAUAUGGUGGGGAUAUGUAAAUGAAGUGCAUAAGGUAUGGGAAGAAAAUAAUGCAAAGGUGUUUACUGAUCCGAAAAAGCCAGAAAAGGUAAUGCUAGGCAAUAUACAUGGAAAAUACAUAGCCAUCUCUCCUGUCGAUGACUAUAUACACCGGCCAAAAAAGUAUGAGAAUGUUUCAUUGUAUGACUGGAUAAGGCGAUACAAAAAACACUAA